AUGGGUGAGAGCAGCCGAGAAGAGAUCUGCGCCCAGCUACGACAGGCUCUUGAGCUCCGGGCCAAGUACUGUCAAAGGCUGCCGCCAAAGAGGAGCUCCUUCCCAAAGUCCGGACAGCUGGAGUUCCAGUGGCAGGAUGGGCUGGUGCAGGUUCGGGAAACGGGUGCUGAACAGCCACUCUUCCAUGUACCAAGCCUGGACGAGUAUUACGACGACAUGAAUACAUUGUUUCAUAUCAGGUCUUCUGGGCCAGUUUCCAGCUAUGCAUACCAGAGACUAAGAUUGCUGCAGACGAAGUUCGAGCUGUAUACCAUGGUCUUCGGAGAUCAGGAAGCUCAGGACGCCAUGGACACUGGACACAGGGACUUCUACAAUGUGAGGAAAGUUGACACUCACAUUCACCAUUCAGCUGCCAUGAAUGCGAAACAUUUGCUGCGAUUCAUGAAGAAGAAGCUGAAACGAUUUUCUUCUGAUGUGGUCGAUGUGAAGGAUGGCAAGCAGCGGACGCUCAAGACAGUCUUCGAUGACAUGGGCAUCGGCUGGACAGACCUUUGCAUCGACCGCUUGCAGGUGUGGGCGGACAAGAGCUGCCUUCACCGCUUUGAUCGAUUCAAUAACAAGUACUCGCCCAUGGGUCAGAAUGAACUGCGAACGAUUUUCCUGAAGACUGACAAUGCUAUGGGAGGGCGCUAUCUUGCCGAGCUCACAACUGAAUUAAUUUCUGAUUUGGAGGAGUCGAAGUACCAACAUGCUGAGUGGCGGCUAUCGAUCUAUGGUCGCAAGAUGUCCGAGUGGGACAGCCUGAGCAAGUGGGUGCUUGGGCGCGGGGGUAAAGGAUGCGGCAAGGCUCUUCUCUCGCAGAACAUCCGCUGGAUGAUUCAGAUUCCGCGGCUCUUCUCCCUGUACAAGACGACAGGGCAGCUGGACAAUUUCGGACAGAUGCUUGAAAACAUCUUCACACCGCUGUUCGAAGCCACGCUCUUCCCCAAGAAGCAUCCUGACGUUGCAGAGUUCUUGCAUCAUGUUAGCGGCUUUGACACCGUGGAUGAUGAGAGUAAGUCCGAGAAGCCGGUUGACCGGACAUUUUCGUCCAAGUCGCGGCCUCCGCAGCUCUGGGACAUCGGGGACAACCCGUCCUACAAGUACUACUCGUACUUCAUUCAGAGCAACCUGCGCAUGCUGAACAUGCUCAGACACGAGAUGGGUCUUAACACCUUCGACUAUAGGCCGCACGCCGGCGAGGCGGGCGAAGUUCACCAUUUGGACACUGCCUUUCUUCUGGCCGAUGGAAUCAACCACGGCUUGAACCUGCGCAAGUCCAUGGGAUUGCAGUACUUGUUCUACCUGGCUCAGAUUGGGCUGGCCAUGUCCCCGUGCUCAAACAAUCAGCUGUUCCUUGCAUACGAGAAGAGCCCCUUCCCGGUCUACUUCUCACGUGGUCUCAACGUCUCCCUGUCAACGGAUGACCCACUGAUGUUCCACCAGACCAAGGAGCCGCUGAUGGAGGAGUACAGCAUUGCAAAGCAGCUCUGGCACUUCACCUCCGUGGACCUCUGCGAGAUGGCUCGGAACUCUGUGCUUCAGAGCGGUUUUGACGAGGAGACCAAGGCGGCCUGGUUCGGUUCCAAGGAUUACCGCAACGAGAACAAGCCUACUUCCACGAAUGUGCCAAGCUUGAGGAUUGCAUAUCGCAAGCGCGUGUAUCAGGAAGAGAUGCAUCUGCUGGAUGCAAGCGCAGAUGAUGCAGAUGAUGUGGGCGUGAUGUGCAACUUGCUUCUGCUCUCCCCUACCCGCCGACUGCAGCAGUCUGACUUUGCAAGCUUUGGCUUGGAUACUGAGCCGAAAAUCCGGCCAUUUGCUGCUUCCUUGCCGGGUGAAGACCAGGAUCUUGGCACUCUCCUUGAUGCUUCUAUCCAGCAGCAGAGCACGCAAGAGGAAAUGGGCGAGCAGGUGGAUUGGUCAGUCCGGCCAAGCCAUGGGCCGCAGUCCACCAAGAUGCACAAAAUUGUCUCGCAAGAGAUCAUGGCGCUAGAUCAAAAGAACCGCAAAGGUUCCUUUGAUGCUCUCAGUCAUAGGGGCACCCUUCCUCUGCUUCCUCGAGAUCAUAGUGAGCACAGCGCUGUCAUGAAUGAGAAGAUGCAGGAGGAAUUCCUUCUUCGACUGAAUGCCGAAUUUGCAGCUCAACGAACUUCGCAACAAAAUCAGCAGCAGUUGCUGUCCAUAGGUGUUGCUGUCGUCAUUGGUUGCCUCAGUGGUGCCGUGGCGGCCUGGCUGGCUCGGCGGUGGCUCCUGUACCAUCUGAGGGAUGAUUGCCUGAGCGACCGCCGAAGCCGAAAGCAGCAGAAAAGUAUCACGUUGGCCAACAACGCGGACCGCGAGCGGGAGCUCAUCGAGGCUGGCUUCCUGCAGCGCUUGGCUGGCGCGGAGCGGCAGCGCGAUGCGCUGCAGGCACAGAUCAACUACAGUGUCUACGACGUUUCACGGGCAACGCUCCGCGGAGAGCUUGAUGAUGCCAAGCACCAUCAGGAAGUCCAGGAGGCGAAGAUGUUUGCAGUGAUGCAGGAUGCACAGCGCCAGCGUGAGAUUGAUCAGGCAGCUGGGCUUGGCGACAAGCUGCGACAUGAAAGGAGUGAGCUGGAAGAGGAGCGCCGGCGAAGAAGCGUUUUGCAGAGCCAGCUUGAGACCGCACAGGCUGAGCUGGUCAAGGCACACGGCUGCGCCUUUGAUCUCAAGGCCAAAGCCUUGGCAGCCUUGGAGAAUCUGAAGACCCUGAAGGCCAGUGGUCAGCCGGAGCUCUGCGAUGCUGAGGAGAAGCGUCGCAAAGAGACGGAAAGCCGCCAGGCACUACUUCAACACGUGAAGGAGGCGAUGGUAGAAGGGUGGCUUUAUCUAGGCUUUACCCCUGCUUGGCCUCUCAUGGAGACGACAGAGCAGACGCCACUGAACUCCUCCGAGGAGAUUCGGAUCUGGGACCUGGCAGGUAUUCAUGAUACUGCAGUGCGGCAUGGCUUUGUGCGGAAAGUUUAUGGCAUCCUCUCCCUGCAGCUUAUUGUGACAACGGGUAUAGCUGCUGGGACGAUGAGGUAUGCUCAGCAACUACAGAGGAAGAACCCGGCCGUCAUUCCGAUCAUUAUGACGUUCUCCAUUGCAGUCACGAUUUCAACUAUGUUGGUUUUCAUUUGCUGUCCGCACAUGAUGCGCAAAAGUCCCACCAAUUACAUCUUGCUCAUGCUCUUCACCAUAGCUGAGUCAUUCAUGGUGGGCUUCAUUUGCGUUCAGUACACGGCCGAGUCUGUCCUGGUAACAUUUGCAGUCACCUCAGUUGUGGUCGUGGCGUUGUCCAUCUUUGCUUGCCAGACGAAGUAUGACAUCACAGGAUAUUUACCCUACUUCAUCAUGUUCUCGUUCGUCCUUUUCGGCUUUGGCUUCGCACUGAGCAUUGCCGCGAUGUGCGGCGCUAGCCAAACUGGAGCUUUCAAGACCUUAAACUUGGUGUACGCAGCUGGCGGAGCACUCCUCUUCUCAGGAUACAUCAUCCUGGACACCCAGAUGAUUGUUGGUGGCAAGCAUAAGAGAUUUCGAUUCUGCAUCGAUGACUAUUGUAUGGCAGCCAUCACCAUCUACCUGGACAUUGUUCAGCUCUUUCUUUUCUUGCUGCAGAUGCUCGGAGAGCGUAUGAUUGAAGAGUUGGCCAUUGCCGCUGGUGUGACGCAAAAGGCCGGAUUGCAGUUUGGUUACGUCAGGGACUUCACUUCUGGGUACCGCCCUGGCGGCGCAGUCGUUGCCCAAGGUGCCGCCAGUGAUGACGAAUAUUCGGGCGAGCUUAUCGGCUUGCAGGACACUACGAUAAAGAACGGCUUUGUUCGGAAGGUCUACAGCAUUCUGACCGUGCAGCUGAUCGUCACGACGCUGAUUGCAGCGCCGAUUGCCUCCUAUGGCCUGGAAAUGAAGAUGCGAAGCCCGGGGGUUGUAUCGACAAUGAUGUUCCUCUCCCUCGCGGCAGUGGUUGCCAUCAUGUGCGUCUUCUCCUGCUGCCCGCAGACCAUGCGAGAAAGCCCCACCAACUACUUUUUGCUUGCGAUCUUUACCGUGGCCGAAGCUGUCAUGGUCGGCUUCGUUUGCGCGAAUUACACGGCUCAGUCUGUGGUCAUUUGCCUUGGAAUGACCGCGCUUGUUGUCUUUGGCUUGACGCUCUUCGCAUGCCAGUCAAAGUACGACUUUACAGGACUGAUGCCCUACUUUGUCAUCGCUACAUUUGUUAUGCUUGGCUUCAGCUUCAUGCUCAGCAUUGCCGCAAUGAUGGGAGGAGCAAACAGUGGCUUCUUCAGGGCCGCCAACAUUGUCUACGCAGCCUUCGGCGCCUUGCUGUUCUCUGGCUACCUCGUUGUGGACACGCAGAUGAUCGUCGGUGGUAAGCACAGCACGUAUUCCUUCACUGUGGACGACUACUGCAUGGCAGCCAUCACCCUCUACGUGGACAUCAUCCAGCUCUUUCUGUACCUCCUGCAGCUCUUCGGUGAUCGGAAUGAAUGA